ACCAAUGUCGUCUACUUGUCCCCUGUCGACGCUAAGUGAGGACCGGACGCUGUCAGUACAAUUCCGGAAAUUCUUCGAGUUGGUUUGCGGAUAUUUAUUUUCUUGUCUGUUUGAAGACUUUCUUUUUUAUCUAUUCGAUUGGGUUUCCAUUUUAAAAUCGAUCCGCCAAGUCUUGUUGUGUCCAAAAAGGUGACCUUAUACCCGUUGAAUUAGAGCGUGUCUGUGUUAUAUUAGGGCCCGGAACUGGGCUAACACUAGCCUAGCAUUCACUGCUAGCUUUAGCUUAUGUGAGCCGUCACUACAGUCGGCUUAAAACUCAUCUGUACCUCAUCCAGUCAACUGUGUAACUCAUUAACAGAACAUCAGUGAAGUUAAACCAUGGCUGUCGUCAACGAAGGAGCGCUGAAGAAAAUGCUGAAGGUGAGACUGUUCGGUUUCAGUCAUGUUAGCAGGCUAGCUAAUGAUACCGAUACUUAACAUGAAAGCAGAGCUUUUCUUCAGAGCAGGUUUGCAUUUCCUGAAAAGGCCAAAAACAACAACAAGAACACAUCAUUCCUUCUCAGAGCGUAUUACAUAAGAUAUUUAGGAUACCAUGAAAAAAGUAUCUCACUCCACUUUAAACCCCGUUAACAAAUACAGACAUCGCCCUUUACAGUUUAACUUUUAACCCAGCAGAAACUUCAAUCACUGUUGUGGAAACCUUUGGCAAAUACUAAUUAAAUCUUAGAUUUAACGCCCUGCAGUGAUCCUACAUGUCAGUCAAUGUGUUUGGUGAGGGCUGGUGAAUGUAUUUAACAGAUAUGUAAACUCCUGUAGAGUAAAAUGAAUGUGUGCCAUGUAUGAAAGAAACCCAUUAAUGAGGCGAUGACCACAAGCCAUGUUUGAUCGAGUAAAUAAGUUCACAGCUGAUCAUCUAGAUCGGACUGAAAUUUAUCACGAUCAUGUUAUCACCCUAUCCUAAGUUCAAGUGUCUUGUUUGAUACAAUAUAAAAUCUUUUAAUUAUUACCUUGAAGUAGUAGUUUUAACUUAUUGCAAAUGCAAUCCAAAAUUUACGUAUUGGUUUAAAGUUUUGUUUUACCUGUUGUCAUUAUGCAGCAAUACAAGUAUAGAGAUCUGACUGUUCGAGAGAUAACCAACGUCAUCUCCCAGUACAAGGACUUGAAGCCCGUCAUGGAUGCUUAUGGUAAAUUUUAUUUUACUAAUCUCACCGACAAGGUCUGAAAUUUACUUGUUAAUCUUCACUUUUCAAAAUUAACAUUUAAUCAUUUGUUCUUCCAGUGUUUAAUGAUGGUUCCACAAGAGACCUGAUGAGCCUGACGGGAACUGUGCCAGUCAGCUACAGAGGUGACCCCCACACUUGUUUUUUUUUUUUUUUUCUAAACAUCAGUUAGACCCAUACCUGCCAACAUUUCAGUGAAGUUUUCAUUUUGCAACAAGCACUGUUUAAAUAUAGUUCACAGCUUAAACUGAACUGAAUCGUCUCAAAUUGUAAAAAGUAUCAGUCCAGUGUCUGUGAGGCUCAGCAGAAACAUAGGACAAUUUUAGGUUGUUUGGAUCCCUGGCAAAUUUGGACAAAUAUAGUGAUCUGUUUAAUUCAUGAAUGACUAGGACCAUGCAAACUACGAGAGAUUUCUGGGAGAAAUGACAAUACGGGAGGUGGGCGGGAGAUAGGUCUGAGAUACAGGAGAGUCCGGGGAAAAACGGGAAUGUUGGCAGGUAUGGUUAGACCACACAGGGUAGGAGGAAGAUAAAUGUUGUGUGUUACCCACUGUACUUUUCUGGCUCAACAGCAUUUUCUCUUUUUAUUUUUGUUGUCUCAAAUAGCUUUGACUUGUUAUCUUUUACCUUUAAACUCAGACCUGUUAUCAGUAUGGUGCAAGACAUAGAAAGAAUCGUCCUUCACUGAAAGAAAAGCUGAAGACAAAGUGGAUGGUUUAUUUUGUUACUCUUGUUUUGCUGGUUUUCUUACUGCUUAGGCCUCUUGGCUUCAACGUCAUACAAGAAACAGUAAAUUGUAUCAUCGAUCAGUACAUAAUAUUAAAAGUCCUGAAUGCCAAUAAACUAUUGUUGAGCCUGCAUAACUUUGGGUCUUUUUUAAUUUAGGGCUAUGCUUCAAAUUGCUACUUUACUUGAUUAGAAGAUCAGAAGAUUUUGUGGAUUGAACAUGAUUGUUUUUGUCUACAGUAGAAUUAACUGUUACUGUAAGUUGAUAUGGAUGUGAUAUUUAACAGAGUUUGCUGUGUGUGAUUUUUGCAGGCAAUGUCUACAACAUCCCAGUGUGUCUGUGGUUGCUAGACACAUAUCCCUACAAUCCUCCAAUAUGUUUUGUCAAACCUACCAGUGCCAUGAUGAUUAAAACUGGCAAACACAUCGAUGCCAAUGGCAAAAUUUACCUGCCUUACUUACACGAGUGGAAACACGUAAGUGGGAUGACUUGAAUCUUGCAUUAACAUUAAUAGGGUUUAAUUAAAAAAGUGUUGAUUUAUGAUUGAUGGAAGGUGCAACAUUUGGAAAAAGAAAUGAAUAAGCAAUAACAGAAGGUUGAGAUGACAAGUGUCAACUAAGGUAGUGUUGUGCUAGUUCACACUCAAGAUAUGCACGCUCAAAGUUCAGUUCACACACAUUAAAAUUAAUUAGUUUAUGGCUGUAGUUACUUUAUCAAAAUUUGAACAAGGUUUAUUGUCUGAAAACAUGAACUAGUUUUUUAGUAGCACCAAGAUUUUUUCCUAUAGAGCCUCCUAAGCUUCAACACCUCACAUUCAAUCACUGACAUAUCCUAAACUUAAUGAAUUAUUGUAUUUUACUGUUGAUCUUGGACAGAUAUUUGGUUUAAAAAAAUCCCAUUAGGGUAUGUGAACUACUUGAACAUGGGAAAAAAUCUGCAAAACUUAGAAACACACUAGACCAUAUGUUUUGGCCUGAAGCUUCCAAUUUGAAUAACCAAAUACUCAGGGAACAACAGCUUAGUAAAAGACAACACGGGUGAGAUUGUUUUCACAUCCCCUGAAAUAAAGAGGGUAAGUCCAACAUCGAUUCUCCAUCAUCCUUAUGUUUUUUGUUUUGUUUUCAGCUUGGAUUAAUUUCCUAAUUUGUCCAGAAAACUCCCUGAAAUCUUCACUAGAGGUUGCUUUGUCAGAACAGCUACAUAAAUAAACUGCGACCGUUUAAGAAUUACAAACUGAGCCAUACAGUUCACCAUUUACCGAAACAUGUAUUCAAUGAAUGCCUACAGUUUAGUACGUUUUCUCACAACACUGAACUGAGAAUGUUGAUAUAUUCAAUACUUCAGUACUUUUGAAAUACCAUGUGCUUUGAGCCUAUACAGUCACCUUUAUUUUUACAGUAUACCAAAAAAAAAAACACUGCAGGUUAUUAAAAAAAAAAACACAGAUCCAUGUUCAUAUGUUCGCUGAAAGGGAAACGAGUAAGUGAGCAGCAGUGACAGACGGGAAGAGAUAAAGUAAAGAGAAGAGACAAAGAAGAAGUCCAGAUAAACAAAGAGCAUUUUUCUAAUUACUACACAGCGGUAGCAUUUUGAAAAAAAAUUACAGCUAUAACAAUAAAAUGAUACAUUAGUAAACAACUAAAUAUUGACAGGAAACAUUUUUACUGUAAAUACACACACCUUUAAUUAUUUCCUAUCAUUGUGUCAAAGUAUUGAUAUAAUGAAAACUCUAGCAUCAAGGACCGUAGAUUUAACCGGUUCGCUGGAAUAUUUGGUUACGUCUGUGACUGCACAAUAAGGUGCUUCAUUGAAGAAAAAUACCAUCUUAGGCUGAUGUUUGAACAGGGACCCACCUUUAAAACAGCUCUUUUUGUAUUUGUGCUCUUGGUCAAUAAACCCUGUUGCUCCCUGUAUGUUUUGCAGCCUCAGUCAGACUUGUAUGGACUGAUUCAGGUGAUGAUUGUGGUGUUUGGAGAGGAGCCCCCUGUGUUUUCUCGUCCAACCACCCAAGCCCCUUACCAAGCCUUCCAAGCAGCUGGACCACCCAACCGUGAGUGGCUAACAUGUAAUAUGCAAAGAGGCCAAUGUUAGUCCUUUAGAGCCUUCUGUUUCAAGAGAUGUAGUUGUUUUUUUAAGCACCAGAUGGUGCUCAGAUACCAAUAAAUCUCCCCAUGGAAAAUGAAAGUAGUGUCUGAGUUGGAAUGAAUGGGAAGAGUACCUUCACCUGUUUUUCCCCACUUCUUAUUGCUAUUUUUCCCCUCUUCCACAGCUUCAUACAUGCCCGGCAUGCCUGCAGUCUCGCCCUAUGGUCCAAAUCCCAACCCAGGGUAAGAUGUUUGCCAAGCAGGUUUCAACCUUUAAAUCUUUACUGGCAUGUUUAGUUUGUGGUUUCUGUCCCCGCUUAUCACAGUGAGGCACAUUUCUCACCAAAGAGCUGCACAGUUGGUUCAGUUACAUUUUCAGCUGGAGGACAAAAGCUGGUCUGACAUUUUUGAAAAUGGAAAAUAUAAAGAGUAUGCUCCGUGACAUGCAUUUGACCAUUCACAGAGGCUAUCCGGGAUAUCAGUACCCAGGGGGCAACUCUUACCCAGCAACUGCUGGACCUGCACACUACCCCGGCCAGACUCCAGUUUCCACAGUGGGUAUGUAUCGCAUCCAGAAUCAAGGGUGCUUUUAUUGUCUUCGACUUGAUAUGAUGUUUUCACUCUCAAAAAGAGAGCUUCAUUCACCUUAGACAAUACAGUAUAUCACAUCCUUCUCAUGGUCAUCGGUUAACCCUGAAGUGAGACACCUGACCUUUUGACUCAAACUCACUCACCCUCCGAGUGACUUCUGUGGCGCGCUGAGCUGCCAGUGAAAGGUCGUGAGUGUAACCAGAGUGGGGUGCAUUAAAGGCCAAAGGGUAGGACAGACCUGAAGGGAAGGAAAGAGUCUCCCUCUGCAGCCCUCGUACUCUGCACCUCUAGAGGACUCAGGAGUGCUAUAUUUAAGGAGAAACCUCACACAAAGGUACACCUAGGAUCAUGAGACCUUUCUACUGUCCAAACAUCACUUAGCACUGCUGAAUUACUCGUCAUGGACUAGCAUGCAAGAGGAGAUUUGGCUGUUUCCUAUAUUUAGUAAAGCAUAGAUAAAUGGGUUAAGCUGUGGACUCCUCAGAUCUCAAAGCUGAAUCAACUUUGACAUUUGUUGUGCCGAUUUCAGUCUGCACAUGAUGAGGUGGUCUUGACUCUCAGUAGAGUAUAUUCACUUAUAUAACCUGGUGAAGCUCUGUGGCUUCAGUUUGUCAUGGAGUAGUAUUGACUCAAAUGUUUUCAUAUUUCAUUGUUUAGGUUAUUUUAAUGAUGGAAUUUCAUUUUGGUACUAAAUGCAAAAUUUUAAGUUACAUUGUUGUCACCAUGCUCAGCAUCCAUUUUUAUAACAUCUUUUACUAUAUGUCUCCAUUUUGGAGCAGUUAGUUUGAAAAUCUAUGUCUCAAGGCUUUAGUUGCCACUUUACUAGAGCUCUUGAAUGUAGCAACCUUCUCUAGAUAUAUAACUACUCUGGCCUUGAUGUCUGUGAGCUGUGCUGUGUCUUUGCAAGGCUCUAGGUAUUUCAGAAAUGUACUGGCUUAUCGCCAGGUUAGGGGUCAAGUAAGGCUGGGUGAUAGGGGAAAAAGUUUAUCACGAUAUAUUUUUUUCAUAUCAGUCAAUAUCAAUAAAUGUCACGAUAUAAAAAAAUCACUUUUGAAUCUUAAAUGUUCCCUGUUACUCUUGAAUGAAAUUUCACUCCACAUAACUUGCAGUGCACAUUACUCUGCUUCAUGUCUGACCUCAAAAAACCAAAAUACCUCGACACCACCGAUGGUUUUUCUGCCAGUGUUGUCGACAAUGUCAUGAUCUGUUAAGCCUUCAUCUGCAUUUCUGUGUGUGUAGCUGCAGCCUGCUACUACGCAAUUGUUUGCUACUUGGUUCUAAUUCAGCACGACUGGUUCAGCACGGUGCGACCUGGAGCAGCUCCCGUUUUCAUUGGCUAUUCAUAUAGUCUACCAAAACAUGGCAGAGUGCCGACUAUCACAAAGCAUAUUGACCAUGUUUCAUAUCAAUAUCAAGGGAAAUUAAUUUUUGAUAUAUAUCAUUGUCAUUUAUCACUCAGCCCUCGGGUCAAGCAUAACAAAUCCCUAUCCUACCAGCGAUGAUUGUAGCAGCAGGUGUUUUUUUUUCUUUCUUUGUAAGUCUCUCUGUCCUUUGGUGAACACGAUAGUAAAGGGAAGUUAGCAUUGAAUAAAUCAAGAAUGAAACAGGCAUCAACUUGAGGUCAAAAACUGCUUCGCAUUGACUUGCAUCCCUCUUCAACCUCUCCCCCUCAAGGCCAGAGCAGAGAUGGCACCAUUGGCGAGGACACAAUCCGUGCGUCUCUGAUAUCGGCUGUGAGCGAUAAGCUGCGCUGGAGGAUGAAGGAGGAGAUGGACAGAGCUCAGGCGGAGCUGGACGCCCUGAAAAGAACAGAGGAGGACUUGAAAAAAGGACAUCAGAAGCUGGAGGAGAUGGUCUCUCGACUGGACCAGGAAGUGGUGAGAUACCCUGUUAUGUUAUCUGUACCUCAGCUCUGACUCUGUGCUAUCCUUCUGUUUUAACGCAGCGGUAUCUUUCUGAUCUCUUUGUUUUUCAUUAGUCUGAGGUCGACAGGAAUAUCGAGCUGCUGAAGAGAAAGGAUGAGGAGUUGAGUGAAGCCUUGGAGAAGAUGGAGAACCAAUCAGAGAACAAUGACAUCGAUGACGUCAUUGUACCCACAGCUCCACUCUACAAACAAAUCCUGAACCUUUAUGCUGAAGAAAAUGCAAUUGAGGACACUAUCUUUUACUUGGGGGAGGCUCUUCGUCGUGGCGUCAUAGACCUGGAGGUUUUUCUUAAGGUGAUGCAUGAAAUCAUAUCUUCAGAGCCUGUAUCGUAAAAAUAUCAGGGCAGCCAGGAUGUCAUUUUAUUGACUUUUCUUCUCUUUUGUCACAGCAUGUCCGUCUUCAGUCAAGGAAGCAAUUCCAGCUUCGAGCUCUUAUGCAGAAAGCCCGCAAGACUGCCGGCCUCAGUGACCUCUACUGACCUAAGCUGAUGACCUGGAAACAUUUAGAUCUGUAUCCUCUCUUUUUCAUCUUCCUUCUCUUCUCCCUUUUACAUGUCUUUUGUAUUAAAAAAAGCUGACCCUCUUUUAUCUCCACAACAUCUAUUCCUUUGAGACAGAGACCCUUACAGCUGCAACAGGGAAUCUCUGAAACUGCAGCUUUUAUAAGGAAUCAGGCUGUCUCGUUUGGGGCAGUGAAUUUCAAAUUGUAAGGCCACAGUUCUGCUCAGACAUUAUUUGUUUGUUGAUGAGUUUAAAUGAUUCUUUUAAGCUAUUAUAUAUAUCUAGAUAGAACGGAUUUGCAAGAAAUGUCCGUAUUACAUUUUUGCCCAAUAUCAAACUAGGGGUGUCCCGAUACAGUAUUUAUAUCGGAUAUCAGUCCGAUAUCAGCAAAAAAAAAAGAAUAUCGGAUUAUAUCGGCCAGCAUCUAAAAUCUCCGAUAUCAGCACUCCAGUACUAGCAGUCCAUUCCAGAUUCCGCGCCGGCACCUCUAUCUAGCAGCGCCCAGAUUUAGCAUGCAGAGCUCACAUGAUCACAACAACAGUGUUACUAAGGUACUAACAAAGUAGCAAAGAGUUGGAGUGUUGUCAGCCGUUUUUUUGUUUAAGUUGGUAAAAGACAUUGCAGCUGAGUGCAAAACUUGUCAUACACAAUUUUGUUCCAAUAUUGGUAUCAGUCAAUAUUGAAGGUUACAAUAUCGGUAUUGUAUCGGAAGUUAAAAAGUUGUAUCAGGACACCCCUAUAUCAAACUAAGCCUAAUGUGACCACAACAUGAACCAGGUACUGUGAUAACACAUACAACAUAUUUAAUUUACAUACAGUAUAGCUUAAAGUUAGGUUAAAUUCAGGUUUGUGCGGCUGGCUUACUGUGAGUGAUUGUCUCAACCUGCCUGCGUGCGCUGCAUUGUAGGUCAGCUCACAGGUUCUGUUGUAAAAAUGGUCCGCAGACAAAGUCAUUUUGCUUGUAAGCACAAACUUUCAGGGGCUAGUAAAGAGGGGAUUUGCAGAGGGCCUCAUAUAUACAGCCCCUCAUAAUGAAAAGGUUAAGCUAUGGUAAAAAGAAAUACCCAGGGCAGCCUUAAAGGGCAGGCGUUUGGGAUUUUAUGAUGUAUGAGGUCAUGUUCAGUAGCCAUGGAGACAGAGUUGAUGAACAUGGAUCUGAGAGAUGUUUCUUCACGGUCUCCUUUAAUCUGUUAAUGAGCCUCAUUUUGUAGCUCCACUGAUGUUUCCUCACGACUGUGUGUUUUUCCCUGUUCUGUGUUGAAUUACAAUAGUGUGGUUGAGCUUCUUUCAUCGUUAGUCAGCUUCCCAGGUCCACCCUCCAGUCUGACCGCAUUAACCAGUCAAUUGCGUGCAGCUUUGGCUUACUCUGUACCGUGUCUUUGUUAAAGGUGGACAACAGCUUUGCUUUACUCUGAGGUGAAAUGGAAUUUUUCUUACUUUUUCUUGUUUUCUGUUUUUCUCUGUGCUGUCCACUCAUUCUCAGACAUAAAAAUGUCUAACAUAUAUCGGAAAAAGUGUGAAUACAGGCGAAGUCUUGAAGGGGGUACAUUGUACUAAUCAAAAAGUUAACUUGUGUAAAGUUUGCAAACAGGUCUCAUUUAAUUUAGCCUUUUACUAAAUGCACUUUGAAUUGUAUGAUAGAUUCUCUACUGUUAUUAUUUUUCUUUGUUUCCAAUUCAACCAUAGACCACCUGUUCUUUUAUAUAUCUGUAGAUUUAUGUAAAUCAGAACAAAUAAAAGAAAUCUGAUUUA